CCUCCUCCAUCAGUUACAAGUAUCAAUCGAACUGUCUCCCUGGUACCCUCACCUGAGAUCAGCUAGAGCAGUAUACUAUGAACAGACUGGGCAGUAUCAGUCAGCUAUCAGUGACAUCAAGAUGUUAACUAAACUGAUCCCUGACAAUACAGAGGGUUACUAUAAGAUCAGUUCCUUAUACUAUCAGUUAGGAGAGGAGGAGGACAGCCUGAGGGAGAUCAGGGAGUGUCUUAAACUGGACCAGGAUCACAAGGACUGCUACCCACUCUAUAAAAAAUUAAAGAAGUUAGUGAAGCAGUUGGAGGCAGCCAGAAAGAUGAUGGAGGAGGAACGGUUUGAAGAAGCAAUUGAUAAGUUAAAGAAUGCCUUGAAGACUGAAAGUGAAAGUGUAGCUAUUCUCAUUAAGAUAAAGACAAGACUCUGUACCUCUCACACUAAG